GCCCCCAACCUUAUCCAGCUUCAAGAACUUAGAACGCCUCUCUCAUGCGGGGCUCCUCCCAAUCUCAUCGAGCUCGUCGUCCCUCACCUCCAUCCAGCCACCUCCUCGUGUCGCCGCUGUCGUCCUUCGAACAGCCACCAUCAGCUCGCUCCCUUCCCCCCCAUUGUGCAGCAGCCAUCGCAACCUUCCUUCCCUUCCAUCGCGCAGCCACCGUGGGAACGUCGAAGCCUCCAUCGCGCACCCACGUCGCCGCUAGCUCUGCUGGUCACUCAGUUCGAAGGUGCUCCAUCACUGCUCCUUGUCUUUGUCACUCAGUGUCUCUGUCUCCCUUUUGUUCAGCCGCCAGACUACUCCUAACGCCGUCGCUAGUUGGAGCUUCGAAGCUCACUCGGUCCCUCACUCAGCUAACGUCUCAGACUCUCAGCAAUGGAAGCAUAGUUGCCGGGCUCGCCUACUGCCUCCGUCGCGAAGCUCUGUUCCACCGUCGCCGCCGCCAUCUCUGUUUCUGCCUCCAUCGCCAGCUCUCCGUUUCCAGCGCCGUAUCCUUCCUUGCAUUUGAAUCUUGAACUAGUAACCAGAGCGGUUCGAUGACCGGUUCGAUUUUCAGAACCUUGGGCUGGACGUUACACACCAUGAAGUGCCAAGAAAAAGUGAGUAGGACACUAUAUCCUGGGCAUGGCAAAAAGGCUACAUUCGAAAGGAUGUGUCAGGUUGGUAGUUGAACCGACAAGUAAUAUCACGAGCCAAUAGGACAUGCAUUCAUCAUAUGUAUUUUCUAUGUGCUUGUUUGUUUUGCUUAACUUUUGUUAUGCCUAAAUGAAUCACAUAUUACUUGCUAUUUGAUUUGCUUAUUGUAUAUGUAUAUCAUUUACGCUUUACUUAUUUGCAUUACCUGUGUUUUCUGUUGAGAUUGAGGAGGUUCAGUAGGCGAUAGCGAUGGAAUCGCAUAGAGGAUAGGUUGGUGAAGGUUGUGGUACAGCGGUGACUAGUUUAGUUAGAGAUUACUUAAGUUAGAUUACCCUGUUUAUGAUUUAAUUCAUAUAUUUCGCUAAACUUAAAUAUCUGUAUCGAUAUGAAGUUCUAGAAUUAUCUUUGGCUUUCCAUAACCUUAUAUCUUAUCUAUUAGACACUGUUACCAUACUGAGAACCUCCGAUUCUCAUACCAUAU